CUGCUUGGUGGAGAGAGUACAGUUGCGAUUGAAGUCCUCAAUGAAAGCAAACGAGGACUCUUGCUGCUGAUUAGCGGUUCCUUCUACGUCUUCCACAUCCAUUCCUACGAGCAUCUUCAUCUUCUCCAGCGUCUGGUUCAUCUUCUCCAUUUUCUUCUACCACAAACUACUCCUAUCCGAUCGAUCCGCUCCGCAGUACUUCCGAAGCACUUACUGUGCAAUAUAAUCGGCGUUCUGCUGUAGUUAAAGAGUCAAUGUAGAGGAUGAGAAUGGGGGCGGAUCAAGUGACCAACUAACUUAAUUCAGUACAUCACUGCUUCCUGGAUCUAUCGUCGCGGUUUAGCACAGUUCGCGGGUUUGUGGCAUUAUGAGGCUGUCCUAAUUCCUAAGGCUUUGUUUCUAACAUUCUCAAAAGCCGCGGAGUCCUAGAGCUAGUUUGGUAACAUUCCCGAAAGCGUGCAUUCUCAAAAGGUGGCUUAAUGGACAGACCCUGAAAUUUAAUAAGAUUCCGAUUGAUAAUAUGUAGUAGUAAAUGAAUGGAAUAGAAUACUUGAUAAUAUUAUUCGUAUUUGUAUAAUUAUCGAAUAUUCAUAUUCGUAUUCGUUUAAAAUUCGAAUCUUAUUUUGUAUCCGUAUUCGAUUCAUUUGAUAUAUUCGAAUCGAAUUCGAAUGUUCGAAUUCAAAAAACAUUAAAGUUAAUUUGUGAAAAUAAUUAAAAUUAUGAUGCUAGUUUGCCCCUUUUAACUAAUUUUCAUAUUACAUAUUUUAUAGGAAACAAAAUUCAUUUAUAUAAGUCAAUUCAAAUUUAAUAUCAAUAAAGAUAAAUAACGGAGAAUUUUAAUUGUAAAUUAAGCUAUUUGACCUGGUAAAGUAAGAAUUUUUAAAUUAAAAUAUGCAAAAUAUUUUCAUGAAUAUUUUGAUCAAAUUUAGUUGUUUCGUUAGUCAAAACAGUCAAUAUUUAUGUUUGGUAAAUACUCUCUCCGUCUCGAAUUGAAUUGCAAAAGUUGACUGGCACGCGGAUUAAGAACGUGGAGAAAUUGACAUUUACAACCAUGCUUGAUGUACACACCUUAUACACACCAUGUUUGUGAAGCUUUUUUUUGUCUGUGAAUCCGGUUCACGGACAGUAUUUUGUUUGUGCAAAACAUUGUCUAUGAAUCGAUGUUCACAGACAAAAAGAAAAGCUUUCACGGACAUAGAUGUUUACAAAAAUGUGUAUAAGAGUGUGUACAAACAUCAUUUUUGAAUAAAAAAGGUAAAAAAAUAAAAAUCUUUAGCCCAAGUACGAUAUAUGUCGGGCACAUAGUCACCGGCUCACCGCCUCUUCCUUUUUCCUUCUUCAUCAACGAUUAGUUGAUUACCAACAGAAACCUGCGAGCCUCCAACCGAUCGACUGUUUUCUGCCGCUUGAUGGAUCGACCAACGACGCAAAUAUCUCACUAAUCAAUUCAGAGUUAUCUAAGGGUGGUGGUCGGCGGUGACUCAUCUGAGAUGAACUGUGUCAAAGAGGCGCGUCGGACCUUGGAAUUUUCAGAUGGUGAACCGUAGGGUGGAGCCGAAAUUGAUGCACCAAGAGGGCGCCUCUUCUUUUUAUCUUUCUUCAUCUUCAAAAAGGAAAGGAAUCUCAUUGGCUAUGGAGAAGGUGUGACCGUGUGAGACUCCAUUUUACGGAGAUGGAGGUUGUGACACUGAAAUUGAAUACUUCGUAUGAGGGGGGAAGAAAGAAGGUAGGUGAAAGAGAUACGAGGUGGGCGAGUAAGAAAAUCAAAGCAUCCGUAAAUUGGGUGUGCGGCGGGACGGAAAUUAGAAUAGCAAACUUUGACUAAGAAAUGACAAUAAAUGAUGUUUGCUUUUUACACUUUUAUCCAUCUUUCUAAAAAUAGAUGCCUUUAAUUGAGAAAAGUAAAAGUAAGGGUAAAUUUGUCACAUUAUUCUUAUUUACAUACCAAAAAUAAAAAGUGAAAAACCAUUUUGGAACAACAAAAAAAGGAAAAUUUUCAAAUCAAAUUGGGACGGAGGGAGUACCUAAAAACAAAAUUGGAAAAUCAUUUUGGGAAAACCAAAGUAAAAAAGUUUUGCAAAACAAAUUGGUAGGGAGGGAGGAACAGUUUUUUAGAUUGGCUUGUUGAGUCUGAAAAGUUUAAAAAAUUGCUGGUAGGAAAAGCCAAGAGGGCACCUUCUUUGUCUUCUUUUAUUCUUUCAGAUAGUUACGCCCUAUCAGUCAUUUUGAAACAGUUAAUUUUACCGAACAAUAAUUUAAGAGGUAGAAGAACCGCCCGCGGAUCCUCUCUUUCAUACGAGACUAAGAGCUGAUAGCUGCAAUUUAGAAAGCUCAGUAAAGCCGCAAUUUCCAAAACAAGCCUGACGCCCGACAGAAAAUAUCACCGUCGAUCCUCGUGCACAAAACAAAGCCAUGACUUAUCUGGAAGAACGUACGACGGCCAACCAUUCUAGGAGAGAGAAGCCAAGAGGGCACCCCCACCAUGGUUUAACACAACAGAAAAGGCAAGAAAUAAGGGAAUGCUUUGAGCUCUUUGAUACAGACAACUCUGGCACAAUCGAUGCCAAGGAGCUGAAUGUUGCCAUGAGGGCUCUGGGUUUUGAAGCAACUGAAGAGGAAAUCGAAAGCAUGAUUGCAGAAGUUGACAAGGAUGGGAGUGGAGCAAUUGAUUUUGAAGAGUUUGAGCAUAUGAUGACUAACAAAUUUGGAGAAAGAAAUACUAAAGAAGAACUCGCGAAAGCAUUCAGCAUUAUUGAUAAAGAUAAAAACGGGAAAAUAUCUGCUGCAGACAUUAAGAAAGUAUCCAGGGAUUUGGGUGAGAGUCUCAGUGAUGCGGAGAUAAAAGUGAUGAUAGAGGGAGCAGAUCAAGAUGGUGAUGGAGAGGUUACAGUAGAGGAUUUCAUGGCAAUGAUGGGAAGGACUUCCUUUGGGCAUUAAGAUUUAUAGCUUUCUGUCUGAAACUUCAUGUGCUUUGAUUUAUGUAUGUACUUAAACUGGCUGUGGUUUGUGCCUCCAAAGAGUUUUUGUCACUUUUACUCCUCCAAUUAUUAUAGAGAUAUUACUCGAAAU